UCUCAAUGGAGGGAGUAGAGAUACCAUCUUACUUCCUUUGCCCCGUAUCUCUGCAGCUGAUGAAGGACCCGGUGACGCUGUCCACCGGCAUCACCUACGAUCGAGAUAGCAUCGAGCGGUGGAUCUUCGCCGCGAGAAAGACCACAUGCCCGGUCACGAAUCAGACCUUGCCGGACUGCGAGCUCACGCCCAACCACACCCUCCGGCGGCUGAUCCAAGCCUGGUGCACCGCCAACGCAGACGUCGGCGUCGAGCGGUUUCCCACCCCGAAGGCCCCCGUUGACAAGGCCCAGAUCGAGAUGCUCGUCGGUGACGCCAAGCUGCCGCAGUCCCAGCUCGGCUCGCUGCGCAAGUUAAGGGCGUUCGUCUCAGAGAGCGAGCGCAACAAGCGGUGCGUCGAAGCGGCCACUGGCGCGGUAGAUCUCUUGGCUUCCAUCGUCGACCGCAACUCGAGUGGAGAAGAUAUUGAUGAUGAUUGCUUGGAGUCCACCAGCGCUGCUUGUGAUGAGGCACUCCACAUUCUCUGCUCUCUUCAAAUCUCCGAGGAGGGCCUCCGCGACCUCGUCGCAAAAAAUGCCGGCAUGGUGGAAUCGUUGACGACGAUACUGAGACGAUCGAACUAUAACUCGCGAGCCCACGCGACGCUGUUGCUCAACCAAAUUCUUCGAGUCAUGUCGCAGGAUCAGCUGAUCAAUCUCAGCGACCAACUAUUUCAAGAGAUAGUAAGCGUCAUACACGACCGGAUCUCGCACCAGGCAACGAAGGCAGCGUUGCAUGUCCUCGUCGACGCAUGUCCACGGGGGAGGAACCGGAUCAAGGCGGCGAACGCAGGCGCAGUCCACGUCCUGGUCGAGCUCCUCCUCGAAGAACCUGACCGGCGAGUCUGUGAACUGGUGCUCGUGGCGAUGGACCGGCUUUGCGGGUGCGCCGAGGGGAGGGCGGAGCUGGUGGGACAUGCAGCGGGGAUCCCCGUGGUGUCGAAGAAGAUACUGCGCGUGUCGCAGGUGGCCAGCGAGCGGGCGGUGAGGGUGCUGCACUCGGUGGCGAUGCACUCUGCGACUCCCGGGUUGCUGCAGGAGAUGAUGCAGGUGGGAGUGGUGUCAAAGCUGUGUUUGAUGCUCCAACUCGAUUGCAACGUUAAGACUAAGGAGCAGGCAAGCGAGAUCCUGAGGUUGCACUCACGGGUGUGGAAGACUUCUCCUUGUCUCUCUCCUCAGUUCCAGGUUUCAUAUCCUUCACCAUACAUACGUUAAUUGCAGAGAGAG